UAAAAGGCGAAGCUGAAUGUUGAGAGACAGACGAGAAUAUUUUAUCAACAAAACCUGUGAAACUCUGAAGCAGGUUGGAGGAGGAGCAGCUGGACCUUUGUUUUGGUUCCUGACCUGAUUAUUAACUUCAUAAAUAUGAACGACUGUAAAUCAGACUCUGAUCAGAGUCAGAGAGAGCAGGCUGAUGCUUUGGAAGAGAUGGAAAAACAUCUCAAUGCAAUUCUAUUAGCCACAAUUACAGACUAUAUGAUGAUGAUGACAAUGGAAAAGAAAACAUUAAUAAAGCGUGUGAUAGAAAACUGCCAGAAUGAAACCACUCUGCGAUGGCUGAGAGAAAACUCAGAGUCAUUGGACUUUUUACGACUGGUGGACAUGUUUAAUUUCCUGAAGGAACACAUCGAUGAGGAAGAAAAGAAGGAUCACAGUAAUAACAUUAAUAUCACCUUUGUUGCACAUGGAUCCAUCAGAGACUCCAUGAUCCCGGCCAGCUGUCUGCUGCCUCUGCCCUCCAUCACAGACGUGAUCCUGUAUUCUCCCUGGAACUGUUAUCUUAGUGUUAAGGCAGUCUACGGUGUCGCUACAGGACGCAUGAAGCCUCAGCACAGAGAGUUUUACUGUGGUGACACAGCUUGCUCUGUUGCCGGGGAACUCCAUCGACCCACCAACCUGCCCGACCACUGGAACUCAAUGAAGAAAGCUGGAGACCAAAAGAUUCCCAACAUCACACUCAGCCCUCUCGAACCAUCAAGGGACAACGUGUGGAAAGAGUUUCAGUCUCUGUCAAAACAACAUGGUCCACCAGGAAGAAACCACAUCGUCAUCCCGUUCAUCCUCCCAGGAAAGAGUGUUUUUUUAGAUAGUGUCCCGUUCUCUGUUGUCACUUUGGCUCUGUCUCUGGUUCUCCUCUCCUCCAGGUUUAAAGCCACCGUCCAUCUCACAGCCUGUCUGAGUGACAGAUCUGCAGAGAGGAAGUUUGACCAGGACUAUCUGAAGCAGCAGUACGCCUACACCAUCAACAACACUUCAAUGACAUGUUCACCAGACAUGUUCAGUGUGACACUGUUUGAGAGAUUUGAACGUUUUUUCUUUGGUUAAACAUCUUCUCUGUCAUGUGGUAGAAAAGAAGCUUUGAUGUGGAAAUUCAUCCACAGAUUCAUGAACUGUGGGAACAAAGUGUGACGGUGGAUUCAACUUUAUGCCUUCAACCCUGCUGGAUGUAAAUUAUAAGGAGGCUGUGAUCCUUCUGCAUCGGUGUUUUAAUGUUGACUGGAAACAUUUCAGAGGUGUUCUUCAGUUCUUCAGUGGACACAUUUCUUAUUAAGUUUAGAGCUAUUUUAAAGUCUUUUGUCUUGUUUUACAACAGAUUAAAUCCAGCAGUUUAGCAGCUGGUUCAGAUGCUAACAGAUGCUUUGUGCCUCUAACUUUCUCUGUGAUCAUUUUAAAUGUCAGUACAGUUGAUCUCACAGCUCGGCAGCUGUCAUUAACCUGCAUUUAUAUUUGUUUUAUCAGACGAUGUCAUGAUCAUAACGUAAUGAUUUUAUCUGCAGCAGCAGCUGGUUAACAGAAAGUAUUUAUGAUCACAUUUCACAUUUCUGACGUUUGACAAUAGAGACCAAAAAUAUGUAAAUAAGAACAAUUUUAUAAUGAAUUCAGCUACGUUAAAACAGACUGAACACUCUCAUUACAAACAUAAAAAAACAUUUGCUGCAUAUGUGUGAAGACAAAGUCAGUGACAUUUGAAAUGAAUCACUAAAAUUUAUAGUAAGUCAUCUGCCAAUAAAAACAGGCAUUUAUAUACAUGUAUAUACACACCCAGAGCCUCAUUUAUCAACAGUCUGAUUCAUCACUUUCUUCUUGUGACUGGGAAUGUGCGAACAGUAAGGCCCUCUCAUGGUCUACAGGUGUAAUAACAGGUGUUAACAGGUACAGGUAUAACUGAUACAACAAAUCAAAGUUGAGCCUUCCUGUUUUAAUUAUUUUUAAGUAUAUUCUGUUUACUUAUUACAUGGCAAAAUGGCUACAAUGAUGAUUUUUUUAAACACAGAAAAUAGAGUCUCAAUAUGUUUUUUAAAAUUGUAUAUUUAUCGAGCUUCACACUCACCUUUUUACAGGUGGAUCUGAGAAGUUGACAUUUGGAGUAAAGAAGGAGAAAAAGAAGUGAA